AUGUGUGUGGUCAAGCCAAUUUCAAGCACAGCAUGCAUUGCAUUGCCUUCCGCUGCUGUGGUGGCAGUGAGUCUUUUUCCACCCGGCUUAUUUUUGGGGGCUUCUGUGGUUUGGGAUGUGUCCUCUCUUUGGUGUUUCGGAGGCUGUGAUAAUGCUUCUGUGAGUUCUCCCUGGUUUAUUGCAUCGGCUGUUGGUGAGGGGGUACUCUCCCUCUCAUGCCUGAAGAGGCUCUGUGUGGCACUGUCCGUUUUCUUGUGCCGCUUCAGCCGGUCCGUCAGGGUGGUUGUAUUUGAUGUGGGUGGCCAUUCCUCCAGCGUUGCCGGUGGUGCACACGUACGAGGAGCGGCAGGGGCAAUACUACGUCCCGGCAAGACGCUUCUGGUCCUGGCGCUGUGCGAUGCCGUGAGCCUGGCGCUGUAG